AUGGGCAAUGCUAAUGGCUAAGUCAAUUCUAUGAGACCAUCUGGAAAAGAGAUCUUAUAUCCCAGCAUCAAACCUUAUGUUUAAGGCUAACUUGGAGAAAACGAGCAGGAAAAUUAAAAUAAUCAAAAUCAGAAGGAAAGCGAUGAAAAGCAAGACUAAACCUAUAUUUCCCCAUUGAUGAGCUAGACAACAUAGGUGGCUGAGUCUAGAUUUACAUCUGAUGAAAUUUCAAGAAUCAGGAAAGAAUUUGAUAAGUUAUCUAAGGAUUAAGUUAUCGGAAAGCGCAAAUUGCUUGAAUACUUUAAACUAAUGGAAAUUAACGAUACUUACCUGACGAAUGAGUUAUUUUUCAUGAUCAAGAACAGCUCCUAGAUUAACUCUCCUGUAGAUUACAAUAAAUUUAUAAACUUCGUAUCGCUGAUAGCCAAAGGCUCUAAAUCUGAAAAAUUACAAUUGCUAUUCUCGUUCUUUGAUAAGACUCCAGAUGCUAAAAUUUCUAAGGAAGAGGUGAAAGCACAUAUAUCAGGAACAAUACUAAGUCUUUCUAAUAUACAGUUUGAUGAUGGAGGGGUAGAAGGUCUCAAGCAAAGCAUUUGCAGAGCUCAAGAAUCUUAGAUAGAAGCAGCGCUUGAUUUGUUUGUUGAAGAAAUAUUCAGUAAAUACUCUAGCAACUAAGAUGAGCUGACAUAUGAUGAGUGGAGUAAUUGGUUCCUUAAUCUUGAAGGCAUGAAGGAAACUUUGGAAUUAAAGCCUAACAGGCAACCUAAAAAUUAAAAUCAGUCUUAUAUCGGACAGGGAAAGUAAUCGAAUAUCAAUGUAGGAGGUAUCAGUGGGAGCCGUAGAGAAAAAGGCUACUUAGAGAAGACCUCUAGUCUCAAUUCUAGCAAUAUUAAUUUAAAGUGA